GCUGACCUUGAACUCCUGGUCCUCCUGCCUCCAACUCCCUGGUGCUAGGAUUACAAGAGUGUACCAUCACACCGGCUUCAGAGUUCCCUUUCUGAAGACAGAACUUUUUCUGACUUGACCCCCAUAUUACAUAGAAACAUGUACUCGGGAGCACGAAGCUCAAAACCCCAGGGUUUAUGGGACUCCCAGGUCCGAUCUCUGGGUCCCCAGGUGGGCACAUCUGGAAGCGUGAACCUGCAGAUCCCCGGCUCGGCAUCUGUAAGCCUCCAGCCCAGGUGUGCGCCAGAGGUCGCCGCCCGGCCACACACAAUCCCGCGCGGCCGCGAGGUGGCGCCAUGGCCGCGGCAGCGUCUGCCGGUUCGGGCCGCUCCAGAUAAGAGUGUGCUGAAAGCGCGGUGGGGCUGAGACGCGACCAGGACGCGGGGAGGACGGACCGGCAGGACAGACCGACCGGGGGCCCGGCGGGCGGAGGGCAGCGCACUGCAGCCACGUCCCCCCCUGGAUCCGCCGGCAGCCGGGCCCGGGGCUUCCGACAUGCUCCCCAGGAGAGUGUGCUGGGCAGACGAUGCUGGACACGAUGGAGGCGCCUGGCCACGCGAGGCAGCUACUGCUGCAGCUCAACAACCAGCGCACCAAGGGCUUCUUGUGCGACGUGAUCAUCGUGGUGCAGAACGCCCUCUUCCGCGCGCACAAGAACGUGCUGGCGGCCAGCAGCGCCUACCUCAAGUCCCUGGUGGUGCAUGACAACCUGCUAAACCUGGACCAUGACAUGGUGAGCCCGGCCGUGUUUCGCCUGGUGCUGGACUUCAUCUACACCGGCCGCCUGACUGACAGUGUUGAGGCCGCCGCCGCCGCAGCAGUGGCCCCGGGGGCCGAGCCGAGCCUGGGCGCGGUGCUGGCCGCCGCCAGCUACCUGCAGAUCCCUGACCUCGUGGCUCUGUGCAAGAAGCGCCUCAAACGCCACGGCAAGUACUGCCACCUGCGGGGAGGAGGCAGCGGCGGCGGCGGCUAUGCGCCCUAUGGGCGGCCGGGCCGGGGCUUGAGGGCCGCCACGCCCGUCAUCCAGGCCUGCUACUCGUCCCCGGCCGGGCCGCCGCCGCCGCCUGCCGCCGAGCCCCCGUCGGGCCCCGAGGCCGCCGUCAACACCCACUGUGCCGAGCUGUACGCCUCGGCCCCGGGCCCAGCAGCCUCACUCUGCGCCCCGGAGCGCCGCUGCUCUCCGCUUUGCGGCCUGGAUCUGUCUAAGAAGAGCCCGCCAGGCUCCUCGGUCCCCGAGCGACCGCUGAGUGAGCGCGAACUGCCUCCGCGCCCGGACAGUCCUCCCGGUGCGGGGUCCGCAGUCUACAAGGAGCCACCGCUCGCCUUGCCGCCGCUGCCGCCUUUGCCCUUCCAGAAGCUGGAAGAGGCCGGACCGACUCCAGACCCGUUUCGAGGAAGCGGCGGCAGUCCGGGACCCGAGCCCCCCGGCCGCCCCGACGGCUCCAGCCUCCUCUACCGCUGGAUGAAGCACGAGCCAGGCCUGGGUAGCUACGGCGAUGAUCUGGUCCGAGAUCACGGCUCCCCAGGCGAGCGCCUCGAGGAACGCGGUGGGGACCCAGCCACGUCACCCGGGGGCCCCCCGCUCGGCCUGGUGCCCCCACCACGCUACCCGGGCAGCCUGGACGGGCCAGGCACAGGCGCUGACGGCGACGACUACAAGAGCAGCAGCGAGGAGACCGGCAGCAGCGAGGACCCCAGCCCACCCGGUGGCCACCUGGAGGGCUACCCAUGCCCGCACUUGGCUUACGGCGAGCCUGAGAGCUUUGGUGACAACCUGUACGUAUGCAUCCCAUGUGGCAAAGGCUUCCCCAGCUCGGAACAGCUGAAUGCACACGUGGAGGCUCACGUGGAGGAAGAGGAGGCACUGUAUGGCAGGGCAGAGGCUGCUGAGGUGGCCGCCGGGGCCGCCGGCCUCGGGCCCCCCUUUGGUGGUGGUGGGGACAAGAUCGCUGGGGCCCCCGGUGGCCUAGGAGAGCUGCUGCGGCCGUACCGCUGCGCGUCCUGCGACAAGAGCUACAAGGACCCGGCCACGCUGAGGCAGCACGAGAAGACGCACUGGCUGACACGGCCCUAUCCGUGUACCAUCUGCGGGAAGAAGUUCACGCAGCGCGGAACCAUGACACGCCAUAUGCGCAGCCACUUAGGCCUGAAGCCCUUUGCGUGCGACGCGUGCGGCAUGCGCUUCACCCGCCAGUACCGCCUCACGGAGCACAUGCGCAUCCACUCGGGAGAGAAGCCUUACGAGUGCCAGGUGUGCGGUGGAAAGUUCGCUCAACAGCGCAACCUCAUCAGCCACAUGAAGAUGCACGCUGUAGGUGGUGCGGCCGGCGCAGCAGGGGCGCUGGCUGGCCUCGGGGGACUACCUGGCGUCCCCGGCCCCGACGGCAAGGGCAAGCUCGAUUUCCCGGAGGGUGUCUUUGCUGUGGCCCGCCUCACAGCUGAACAGCUGAGCCUGAAGCAACAGGACAAGGCAGCUGCCGCAGAGCUGCUGGCGCAGACCACGCACUUCCUGCACGACCCCAAGGUGGCGCUCGAGAGCCUCUACCCGCUGGCCAAAUUCACUGCCGAGCUGGGACUCAGCCCGGAUAAGGCGGCAGAGGUGCUGAGCCAGGGCGCGCACCUGGCCGCGGGACCGGACGGCCGGACCAUCGACCGUUUCUCUCCCACCUAGAGCGCCCCUCGCAGGUGCUCCCGGCGCUACCCGGCGGCCCGGGGACAACUGGUAGCAGCGGCAGCGCCGCAGUGGUGGCCCCACCUUUCUACGCCUCACCUGGCCUCACUGCUUUGUGCCUUAACCCGGGGGAGCCGGUGGGGGAAAACCUCGGGACGGGGGUGGGAUAGGGGAAGGGAGAUUUAUAUUUUUGAUAUCAGCUUUGACCAAAGGAGAACCCCGCCUCUCCCUGUGGUUCGCUGGCCCCCUCCCCCGGCUCCGUGCUGCUCUUGGGGGAGGGGUGUCACUAUUCGGACGCUCCCAGCCCUACCUCCGGCCCUUGCGACCACACCCAUUCUCACUGUGAAUCUCCCCGCUGGGGUCGGAGCAUUGGGCACAGUUGGGGAGAGGGAGGGGACUGAGCCGGCCGGAGGGCCUCCCCGCCCCCCGCUCCUGCCCAGCCCGGGACUGAUAAUGUGAAGUUCCUCAUUUUGCACAAGUGGCACUAGCCCCAGGGCCAACCCUUCCCUUCCUGACCCACCAGGGUGGGCAGGCCUGGAGCCAGGGAUGACAGUCAGUCCUGGCCCACCUGUCUCCGCUUCUGAGGUCCCCUCCUCUCCCUGGGGCCCCAUCAUAUUUAUUGCAUGCGCCCCAGGUGGCCCCUAUCCUGAGCCCGGCUUUAGCUGGGCUGGAGCGAGGUCUCCUUGGUUCCCAUUCUGUCCUUUUGUAUAUUCCCUACUCUGUACACAGGCUCUUCUAGAGCCGCUUCCAUUUUCUAUACUCAACCAAACAGCAAUAAAGCAGUAACCAAG